GACGGACAACCACAAAAGUGAACAUCGGGGCCUCAUGGAUUUUUAAUCCAGGCCGCCACAAAAAGGUGGCAAAAGAAAAAGAAAAAAAAGAGGAAUUUUUUAGGUUAACUUUAUUAUUAUUUGACAAGUUUAGUUUAUCUAGAAUAACUUUAGAGUGCAAACAAAUUUUAUUAAUAUUGAGUUAAGCAUAAUUUAUUGAUAAAAUAAUAUAAAAAGUAAUAAUGUAUUGUCAGUAAAGGGUAUUAUAUUAACUAUCUCCACUAUCCUCUGGAUAUUGCCAUAGACUAAGCCUUGCUGAGAUCGCUUGCAUGAUUUCAAGUCUAUAGCUAAUUUCAUUUUCAAGAUGUCCUGUGAACAGAUAGGCAGGCAGACAAUCACCCAGACAAGAAAUUUUAUAUCCCCCGGCAGAUCAAAGAGAAAUUGCUACAGCCAAACUCCAUGGUUGGACAAGCAUCAUCAUAGAAAUCAUUCUUCAUUAUGUAGGAGUGAAGUUUGAUGCAAAAUUUAAAGUUUACAGGAGUCCAAGGAAUAUUCCAAAACAACAGUCAUGGAUGAGGAUUUAAAUGAAAUGAUAUCAAGGUAUAAGACACACAUCUCUAAUGGAGAAAGCUUAUUGGAGAAAUUAGCAGAAAACAAUUACAGUAAUGUCAGAGGAAUCCAUAAGAUGAAGAGGAAAAUAAAAAAAGAUCUUGAGUUCUUAUCAGAGACAUUACAAAGCAACAAUAUGAAAAAAGAACAUCUGUUGUGUUCAAAUCUACAUUUUUAUAAAGCAGUAUUACAAGAAGCUGUAAAUUGGCCUGAAUGUGAAGCAGUUUUUGAGACCUUUUUAUACAAAACAUCCGAUAACUGUCAAAAGCGAUUGACAGUUGAUGUUGUGUCUCACAAAGGCCAUCAAUGGAUCAAAGUCAUCGCCCGAAAUCCUAUUGCACUACACCAAAUUUAUAAAGAAGGAGAUACUUUUGGUCGAAGGUCUAUUAUGGAUCAAGCAACAUCUUACAUAGAAGCUGCAGGUCAAAAUUUAUAUUUAUACAACCCUCCGAAGGUAGUUUUUUCAUUUGUUAAUGGAGUUCCUGAAGAGAUGAAGGCCUUUUUAGAAAGGUUUGGGAUUUUAGUUGAAGGUAAAGUCAUUUCAGUUGAAGAUGUUUCAAUAAGUGAUUCAUCCACAGGUUCAGAUUGCAGUGGUGAUGUUAAUUUUACAAGCGUUCCUGUUCAUGAUCAACAAGACAAUCCUUCAAGGUACAAUCUGUGUGUCACAACAAUGAUAGCCUAUGUGUCGUCAUUGACCAAUGGUGGGUGCAAUAAAGAAUUCAAUGAGCCUUUAUUGAAUCAACAAGCAGAGUGGGAAAGAGCUCGACCAGUAAAGCCAUUUCUUGAUAAUUUAUUUUCAGGGAAGGAUCUGCUCUGUUGUGCAACAGCUGUAGAAGACUUUAAAAGUAUAGUUAAUAUUGUUGGAGGAGAGGAAGAGAAAGGCAGAGCUGCUGAAUUGUUGUCCCGCAUCACUGUGGUUCCUGAUCUUCCUUUUACAGGCUUGAGGCCAACAGGAAAAAUAAAGGAAAGAUCUCUUUUGAUAUUUGGCACUGGACAUGCACAUAAAGCUGUCACUGUCACUGCAAACAAGGGUUUUGUGCAAGCAGCAAAGCAAAAGGGAGCAAGAUUUGCUGUGGUCAUACACGAGUCUCGAGCCUUGUCAGAGUGUAAAGAGCACCAACAAUGUAGUUGACUAUUAUGUUUGUUCAUAAUACUUUUCUAAUCUUGUUGUUUUAAAUAUAACUUUGUGAUCGAUUAA